AGGCUUGCCAACUUAUCCAUCAAUUAGAAUUUCAUUAGAUGCAUGCUGCAGUCUACACUGGUGUCUGUGCUGCCUUACAAUAUCAGCUUAAUAAAUUGUGAACCAGGCCUUAAAGAUUCCAGACUCGACAUUCCUGCCCAAUAGGCACCUACCCUGCCAGGAACCAUGGGUGAGCCAGACGAUUCCCAUGUCCCACUGCUGAGAGCUAUGCAGGAUCGGUUUGUGCCAAAGUCCCUGUCAAUUGCAGGCAAGUCGCUCCUUACAGCCAUUCAUAUCGCCAAUAUUGCUAUCGGUGCUUUUUAUAUAAAUGACUGCCCAGGGCAGUAUCUUAUCCCUUACUAUCUCAUUAUUACGGGUGCAGUCUCUCUACUGCUUCUCUUUCUCACGUGCCUCCCCUGCGGUGAUGGAAGGGAGCCCCCUAGGACUAGCUGGGGUGUCCUGUGUACACAGGGAGUCUUAAUGAUGUUCCUCUUCAUCUUCUUCAUUGCUGGCAAUGUGUGGGUAUAUUCUCUGUAUCAGGAACCUUGGGACUCUCCAGAAUCCCCCAAACGAUGUAACCGCGUCCUGUACCUGUACGCCUUCUGGGUCAUCACAGCAGUGUACAUCUUUGCCGGCGUUGUGGUUAUCCUUUAUAUGUGCGCCCUGUUCUGCCUCGCUCUAGUGGGGGCCUAUGUUGCUGCCAGAACCCAUGCAGAUGCAUAACUAAAUCAGGUGCUGAUUGGAUGUGGCCUUUACACCCCUCUGGGGUAACUCAGCAUCAUCAUAUCUUUAUCCUUUAUAUCGUUUUAGUCAUGUUAUAUCUGAAAUACUCAGCAGCCAGAAAUGCAGGACUGUUACUCUUGCAACAAAAGUGUUAAAUGGGGGGAGCGCUCAAACUGUAAAAUGAAUGGAAUCUAUGGCGAAUCCAGAUUUAUUCAACAUCGCACUGUAUAUUACACUUAUUGUUAGUAUCAGGUUGGCCUUAACCUUGUUUCUUAUCUGUAAAUGUUACGGAGACUUUCACCUUAUCUGUUCCACUUAAUUACUUUAGUGCACUGUUGCACUUACUUUAGUGCAGCCACGGCUCAGGGAGGGCCCUUAUCUACCCUGUUAGACGCUCCAGGCGGAUUCGUAUUUGCUGGCAAUGAAAUAAUAAAUCUGAAUUCCAUCGGG